AUGGAAGCAACGAGUGCUUCAUCGUCACUAGUAAACGACGUCGUCGAGGAAAUUUUCAUGCGACUUCCGGUGAAAUCACUAUUCCGGUUCAAGUCUGUGUCAAAACAAUGGAGAUGUAUGAUCGAGUCUCGCUCUUUCGCGGAGAGACACUUGAAGAUCGCGGAGCGAUCUCACGUGGAAAAUCCCCAAGUCAUGGCCAUCAUCUCCAAAGAACGUACCAAUGUGAACGAGUAUCAUCUAGACACUGACCUUUGUUUUAAGACAAUCUGUUCGGAAUCUGCUUCUGUUCUGUCCUCUACUCGUAUCAAUUUUCUUCAAGGGUUCUAUCAGUACUGCACCCACGUUUCUGAAAUCUGUGACGGCCUUUUCUGCAUCCACUCCCCCAGAUCAGAAUCUAUAUAUGUAGUUAAUCCAGCCAAACGGUGGCUCAGACAACUUCCUCCGGCUAGGUUUCAGAUUUUGACGCACAUGCCUACACCCCAUAAUCUAGAAACUGCGAUGCUCUAUCACAGAGAUUACCUGAAAUCAGUCAGUCAUCUAGCAUUCGUGAAGGCGACUGAUUACAAAUUAGUGUGGCUGUAUAAUUCUGAGUGGUUUAACUCUGGUCCAAACGAGGGACUUACCAUUUGCGAGGUUUUCGAUUUUAGGGCAAACGCUUGGAGAUACUUGACUUGCACUCCAAGUUAUCGUAUAUAUAAUAACCAGAGGCCAGCAUCUGCAAACGAGUCGGUAUAUUGGUUCACAGAACCAUACAAUGGCGAGAUCAAACUAGUAGCUCUCGAUAUUCACACCGAAACAUUUCGGGUGCUGGCUAAGAUUAACCCCGUUAUUGCUAGUUCAGAUCCUGCCCAUAUUGGAAUGUGCGCUCUGGAUGAUGGUUUGUUCAUGUGGAAAAGGGACCCCGAGACCAUGAUCGAAUACAUUUGGAGGCUGAAACCAUCACAAGACACAUGGGAGAAUAUUUAUACCAUUGAUUUUUCUUCUUUGAAUCCGUUUCGCAAUCCACAUGGACCUGGUUGGACAGUACUGGUGGCGGUAUGCAAGGAGAAGAUCUUGCUCAAUUUUCGCUAUGGCGACGACCUGAUGAAAUUUGAUCCCCAAACAAAAUCUUUCUCUUCCAUUUUCAAAGAGUAUUGUAUAAAGUGUGUUCCUUACUUUCAAAGCCUGAUCUCUCAUAUAUAG